AUGACUGAAACACAUAAUACAGAAGGUUGGAACAAGGAGAUGUUUCUUACUGCAAAUUCAGAGCCAAUGUCAACGUUUGGAACUAGAGCUCGUCCAUGGUGGGAUGACGAGGAUGAAUCUGAUGUUGACGACCUCUUCAUCAUUGCUGGUCUUCUUGAGGGCUCGAGGAGAAACAAGCGCAAGAAAAAGUUUCGUGGAUCGUUGCCAGGUCGCCGCAAAGUGCCACGGGACAUUUUGGGAGGUCACAAUCGCAUCUACCUGGACUACUUCGCGGACCAGUGUGUAUAUAGUGAUAGACAUUUUAGAAGGAGGUUUCGGAUGUCCAGGUCGCUCUUUCUGCGGAUUGUGGAUGCAGUGGAGUCUCAUGAUGACCAUUUCCGUCAGAAGCCCGAUGCCAUCGGAACUCUUGGUGCCUCUCCCAUACAGAAGGUUCUUGCUGCCGUUCGGAUGCUUGCCUACGGUAUCUCAGCCGACUUUUUGGAUGAGUAUGUGAGGAUGGGAGAGAGCACCAUCAUUGAGUGUCUAAAGCAUUUUGUGAAGGCUGUCGUCGAGGUCUUCGGCGAAGAAUACUUGAGGGCCCCCAAUGCCCAGGACACAGCUAGGUUGUUGGCAAUUAAUAGUGCAAGAGGGUUCCCACGUAUGCUUGGUUCAGUUGACUGCAUGCAUUGGAAAUGGGACAAGUGUCCAGUGGGUUGGAGAGGAGCAUACGAAUGGAAAGAAGAUGGGCCAACCAUGAUCCUUGAGGCCGUUGCAUCACAAGAUCUAUGGAUCUGGCAUGCAUUCUUCAGCCUUCUAGGUUCUCUAAAUGAUAUCAAUGUUUUGCGCCGCUCUCCACUCUACCAAAGUCUGACUUCUGGGACGGCACCACAAGUGGAAUACACGGUCAAUGGAAACAAGUACACAAAGGGGUACUAUCUUGCCGAUGGGAUAUACCCAGCCUGGGCAACAUUUGUCAAAGCUUUUCAAAGACCUCAGGGCAACAAGAAAGUCCACUUCACAAUGGCAAAAGAAGCAGCGAGGAAAGAUGUCGAAAGAGCGUUUGGGGUACUCCAAGCUCGCUUCGCAAUAGUGCGGGGUCCUGCAAGAAUGUGGCACAAGGAAGAUCUAUGGUACAUAAUGCAAGCUUGUGUAAUCUUGCACAACAUGAUAAUUGAGGAUGAGCGAGAUGAGGAAGAUGACUUCAACUACCAUCAAGAGGGUAUCCCGGUGUUGCAACCUGUGGACUACCAACGUCGUAAUCCUCUUGUGCUAGAGGACUUCCUGAAGAUACACGACGAGAUUGAGGAUAGGUCUUUACAUGAGCGACUUCGUGAUGAUCUUGUAGAGCAUUUGUGGGCAAUUCAUAGUUCUAGGUAG